AUGCAUGACCUGGAGUCGCGAGUGCAGUACGUUAACCCUUGGGUGGUGCAGUAUAUGUGGGAAUUACUGUGUGAACUUCGGGAUAAGAUUGGCGUACAGUAUAGCCAGCAGCGUGAGCGUGUUUGGCUGGAGGAGAUGCGGAGCAGCGGACGAUGCCGCCGUGGUGUGCAGCCGAUGACGGAGCCGAGGAUGGCUGGCUGCUCAGCCCAGCAUGAGACGGCGGCAGCUAUUGUGUCGGUGCCGGCCACGCCGAUGCGUCUCUUCGAUGGGAGUGCUGACGGUUGCCACGAUGGUGGCGGCGACGAUCUCGAUACUUCAGUGUCGUCUGAGAGUGAUAACGGCGAUGAGUCUUCUUUUGGCGGUGAUGAGCGGUGA